CUCUCUCUCUCUCUCUCUCUCUUUCUCUCUCUCUCUCUCGCGAUGGGAACUGCGGCAAUCGAGUCUCCGAUCAAAAAACCCGAUCAAGAAGAGUACGGAGACGAAGAUGAAAUCUCACCCGUCGAACAGGUGCGACUGACGGUGACGAACACGGACGACCCUUCACUGCCGGUGUGGACCUUCCGUAUGUGGUCCCUGGGGGUGCUAUCCUGCGCCCUCAUGUCCUUCCUCAACCAGUUCUUCUCCUACCGUACGGAGCCUCUCAUCAUAACUCAGAUCUCUGUCCAGGUGGCCUCCCUACCGGCGGGGCACUUCCUGGCGUCGGUCCUGCCGCGGAAGCGGUUCAGAUUGCCGGGAUUCGGGACGAGGGAGUUCUCGUUGAAUCCUGGGCCGUUCAACAUGAAGGAGCAUGUGCUGAUAUCGAUAUUCGCGAAUGCGGGAUACGCGUUUGGGAAUGGAGCGGCGUAUGCGGUUGGGAUCGUGAAUAUCAUAAAGGCUUUCUAUGGGAGGAACAUCUCCUUCUUGGCCAGCUGGAUCCUUAUUAUUACUACGCAGGUGCUGGGGUACGGCUGGGCGGGACUGCUGCGGAAGUAUGUGGUGGAGCCGGCCCACAUGUGGUGGCCCAGUACUCUCGUUCAAGUGUCGCUAUUCCGGGCCUUACACGAGAAGGAGGAGCAGCGCAUGUCGCGCGCAAAGUUCUUCCUCAUCGCCCUCAUCUGCAGCUUCUGUUGGUACGUGAUGCCUGGUUACCUCUUCCCGACCCUGACGAACAUCUCAUGGCUCUGCUGGGCCUUCUCCAAGUCGGUCACCGCCCAGCAGCUAGGAUCUGGAAUGCGGGGCCUGGGCCUCGGUGCAUUCACGCUCGACUGGUCCGCAGUCGCCGCCUUCAUGUUCAGUCCUCUGACUUACCCCUUCUUUGCCAUUGCCAAUGUCUACAUUGGCUUCGUUUUGAUAGUAUACAUUGCGAUCCCUGUGGCUUAUUGGGCACUCGACCUGUACAACGCAAAGACAUUUCCGUUGUUCUCGUCGCACUUGUUCACCGCCACCGGCCAAGAUUAUAACAUAUCAGCUAUAGUCAACAACAAAUUCGAGAUAAAUAUGCCUGCAUACAAUGAUCAGGGACGGAUUCAUCUGAGCAUGUUCUUCGCUCUGACUUACGGGUUCGGUUUUGCCACCAUCGCAUCCACGCUUACACAUGUUGCCCUUUUUAAUGGAAGGGAGGUGUAUGAACGUUUUCGAGCUUCCUAUAAAGGCAAGGAAGACAUCCACACCAGGUUGAUGAGGAAGUACAAGGACAUACCGGAAUGGUGGUUCUACCUGUUGCUGGUGGUGACUGUUGGAAUCUCUCUUAUCAUGUGCACUGUCCUGAAAGACCAGGUUCAAUUGCCAUGGUGGGGUCUCCUGUUGGCCUGUGCCAUCGCCUUUGUUUUCACUCUUCCCAUCAGCAUUAUAACUGCCACUACAAAUCAGACGCCAGGGCUGAACAUCAUCACAGAAUACAUCAUGGGUUUGAUACUACCAGGAAGGCCAAUAGCCAAUGUCUGCUUCAAAGUGUAUGGGUAUAUGAGCAUGACACAGGCCAUCGCCUUCCUUUCUGAUUUCAAGCUUGGACACUACAUGAAGAUCCCACCAAGAUCAAUGUUCUUAGUUCAGUUCGUCGGCACCAUUAUAGCUGGAACAAUCAAUCUCUCAGUGGCAAUGUGGCUGCUCAACUCUAUUGAGAACAUAUGCCACGAUGAACUCCUGUCCCCAAACAGUCCUUGGACAUGCCCGGGUGACCGUGUCUUCUUUGACGCAUCUGUUAUCUGGGGUCUAGUGGGACCCAAACGGAUAUUUGGCUCUCUCGGAAACUAUGCUGCCCUCAACUGGUUCUUCCUUGGUGGUGCACUGGGGCCAUUUUUUGUAUGGCUCUUACAUAAAGCAUUCCCCAAGCAGACUUGGAUCCCACUGAUAAAUCUGCCCAUCCUUUUGGGAGCGACGGCCUACAUGCCGCCAGCAACUGCAUUGAACUACAACUCGUGGGCCUUGGUUGGAACAAUAUUCAACUUCUUCAUUUUCAGGUAUCAGAAGAAAUGGUGGCAGAGAUACAACUACGUUCUUUCGGCAGCGCUGGAUGCUGGCGUGGCAUUCAUGGGUGUGCUUCUAUACUUUACUUUGACCAUGGAGAACCGAAGUGUGGUUUGGUGGGGUACAGGUGGUGAGCAUUGUGAUCUUGCCAAGUGUCCUACAGCCAAAGGGAUACAGGUUGAUGGGUGUCCAGCUUUCUGACUUCUCUCUCAAUAUGUUUGCAUGGUGAGGCUAUACCUUUUUACGGUAGCAUUUUUAGGCUGCGUUUGGAUGCGGUAUUAAAUUGCAAUGAUGUCUUGAAAUGCUAAGGUGACUGCAGUUUGGUCACUUCCUAUCUAUUUUACUAAUUACUGCAAUUCAAUUCAAUAGAGCAUUGCAUCCAAACGCCGACUUGGUUCUUUUCAGGCUUCACUACUUGAAAGAAAAUACAAGGCCUUGAGAUUGGCGUUGUUGUAGAAAAACAAAGAGAGAGAAGGUGGUUGAUACAUGUGGUUUGGAAGUGAAAAGAGAAAGCUGGGAGGAUGUUAGAUGUUUGAUAAAUGGGGUUGAAAAGAUCAAAGUCUUAUCUUUGAAUCUAUGUACUGCACGUUGUUAUAUAUUGGAAAGAUCAAAGUCUUAUCUUUGUAUCUAUGUACUGCACGUUGUUAUAUAUUGGAAAGAUCAAAGUCUUAUCUUUGUAUCCAUGUACUGCACGUUGUUAUACAUUGGACAGCUCAGAUCAAAAUGAAAUCAGUGCUGUUCUUUUA